AUGGAAGUAACCUGGAAUAUUGAUGGCGUUGAGCGAAGACAGCAGGAAAUAACAGAACAUCUACCACAAAUGAGUACACUUAUUGACACAGAUGUGAAACGUGAAUCUACCUCGGCCCAAGAGGCACAGAUCGAUGUAACUGAUGUGCCUAUUUCGGACAAAGACACGCGAGAUGAGGCCAUAGACGAACAGUCGUUAAGUGUGAAACAACCGCUCAGUGAAAGUGAAAAUUUGAGGGUGACAGAAAUAGACACGUUAAGUGGUGAUGAACCAUUUGAUGAGAGUAGUGAUGCAUUAGAGCCUCUGCCCAGCAUUGAUCAUGUGGAAUGCCACCUACCUGGCAUUGGUGUGUUUGGCAGUAGGGAAGCUAUGACGAGAAGACAUCAAGGAGAAGAGCCAGCUUGUCCAGAUACUGCUGUACAAGAAUCCGUGCAUGUUACUGAUGAAGUUGUCAUUCGUUCUGAAAGUAAAGGUGAUUCGACCUUAGGAGAGGCAUCGUGGGAAGAAGACAGUACCAAGAGUACCGAACUAAAUAUGAGCCGAGCAGAAGGUUCAGAAUCUCAUACACAUUUUCUCCAUGAAGAGGUGACCACAGGAAAUGAAAGUUUUGAAGUGAAAGCUGUACAAGAAAAUAUCACCUCAGUGGAAAAGCCAGCUGUAGACCAAAGCUCACUUCAUGGACUUUUUCAGGAAACUUUUGAUUAUCCAUCAGCUGCUGAGAGUGUUGAGCAAGAACAAAUGUUUUCAGAAGAACCAGAUAGUGUUGAGUGUGUUCAGGAUGUUGUUGAACAAAACACUUUAGCAACAGUGGAUGAACAACUCACAGCUGGACAAACUGAAGAGUUUGCAGUAGUAGAUUCGCCCUCUGACCAGAUGCUACCCACUGAACAACACCAGGAACCUCAAGGGCUCUCAAGUAUCGAUCAUGUGGAGACACAUCUUCCAGGAUUAUUUUUCUCUAGCUGUGAAGUUCGUCAAAAGCAGUCUAAAUCCUCAGUGGAAACGUCUUCUUCAACAGACAAAUCAGAAAUCUUGAACCCACCAGAUGUUGACCUUACAGAAAUACAAAUCACAUCUGAUCGGGGUACAACUGACCAUGAAAUAAUGCACUCUACAGCUGCUGAAAUUGUUGUUGAGUGUGAUCAGUCAAAAACUGCUACUAAAAAAGAGGAUGAACUUCUCAAUGAGCCUUUUGUGGAAAUGGGCGAGUUUGCAGAAGCGCAGAUAACAGCUACACGUGAGAACACCGUGCAAAGAGAUAAAAAUACGGAUGAAAUUGUACCAUUGGAUAACACAACUUCAUGUGCUACUGGUGAAGAUACUUCAGAGGAUCUCAGAGAAGUGUUGGGUUCCCAGUCUGAAAUUGUUACUGAAACGCACCGAGAUGAAGAUAGAUGUUUAGGGACAAGUGAGGCACAGCAUCUUAUGGGCACAAACCUUGACCACAAUUUACCGUCCAUUGACCACAUUGAGACACAUCUUGACAAAGACAUAAAACUAGCUGUAACAGGAAAGGCUGGUGGCAUCCAAAUAACUGCCCAAGAUGAUCUAAGCCCGACUCGGGGAACUGUGGUACAGAACACCUGCCUCAUGUUGGCCUCUGAACAGGGUCCUAGCAUUGCACCCUUGUCUGACAGUAUUGGUAUUAAGGUGUCUCAGGGAACAGUGGAGCAUGCCAUUGAUGGAGAUCAAGCCGACAAGCUUGGAGCAACUGCCAUGCCAGAGUCUGCGACAUUUGACAUUCAGGAAUUAGAAAGGCAGCUGUUACUGGCGACGCAGUGGAGGACUCUUGGAAGAAUUGACGAGGAGGCGGUACAUUCAACAUCAACUUCAACAUCAGGAGAGCCCGAAACACCCGAUGUGGAAUCUAAAGAUGACUCAUCACUCUACCAUGAAGUGGAAAAGGCUUUAGCUGAACUCUGCAGUGAAGAACAGGCUUUGGCCUACUCGAUUUCACCAUAUGCCGAAGGUCUGGAAAUAGCAGAGAAUUUGUCCUCGUUGGAUUCAUCCUCUACUCCAGCACAAGAGACUGAAAUAGUUUUUGUGGAUGAAAAUCCAUGUGUACAGAGUAACAUACGUGUAGAAAGCAAACCAAUUGCUCCUUACUCUGAUAGUAGUGAAGAUGAAUCUACUGACAUGGCCUCUGUUGUUAGUGUGACUGGACUAAAUGACGAUGAAGAGGACUUCCGAGAGGAGUCUGUGACUCAGCUUGACGAACAAGGUAUUGAAGUGGAGAAAUCUUACUCUGACCACACCAGCGAAAUUAGCCUGUCAGAUUCAGAUGAUAGUAAUGCUUAUAAUGGAAGUGAGGUGAAGCAAGAUGCUGUUGCAAGUGCAUCAGAAGGCGAGGCUGAAAUAACACCAAUUACUGAAGUCCUAGAAACGCCUGUGAUUCCAGAAGAAAGAGAGGAAGAAGAGGUGAACGAUGUCCCUAGUCACAGUGAGCAGUCAAUGAUGUCAUCUGAUGACACGUCAGAAAAAUCAGCUCCAUAUUUUAUUGAGGAACUACAUACUUCUGAAGAAUCCUUACCAAGCAUUGAAUUCGACUGUUUUGAUGGUGAUGAGGAUCGCUUCCAGGAUGUGGCUGCUGAAGAAUUGGCUGAGGUUAGAAAUACUGGUGUGGAUAACAGGAGACAUGAAGGUCCUGAUGCUGAAAUUUCUGAUGAUACUGAAAAAUUGGAAGGAAGAGGAUCAGGAUCUCCAGAAAGUGAGCAGAUUGGUGUUACCAGUAUUGAGACGGAAUCACUCCCCACAGAAGCACAACCAAGUACUGAUAAUGUUAAAGACACGGCAGAUUUGUCAGCUUCGGCUGCACAGCCAAUGUUAAUACCCGACUCAUAUGUGACAGAGGGGCAACCUGGUCUGGACAAAAAUGAGAUGUUGAAUGUAGACCCAGAUGGAUCGGUCAAAGAACCGAAACAUUCAACAGAGAUGGCGGGAUCUUUGACAAUGGAACUAACAAACACUGAUAUGACUGGUCAAGAGACAGUAUCAGACAUCCAGACUAAGGUGUUGCUGUCAAAUGCUUCAGAGGCAUACUCAGCACAAUUGCCACAGAUCAUAGAUGCUGAACGUACAUCAGAAGUGCCCGCAAGUACUGAAAUAGAAGCACAACCAUCGGAUGCUCUACGCCGCACAGGAGAAGGAGAGAAAGAACAGUCAGGAGUGAACGUCAGUGUUCUAGAAACUGAACGAAGUUUUGAAGGGGAUAUUCCUAAGACUGAAUCAACACCAACAUGGGAAACCUCUGAAGAACUGGGCAAACAGUCAGAACCUGUCACUGACCAAAUUGAAGACACUGGAACAUCUGUUGGGUCGAAAGUAGUGGGUCAGCAAGUAGGGGAAUCGCCCCAGUGCGAUGCAGCAGCGUUAUCAGGAAAUUCAGACACUGAUGCGUCUCUCAGUGAUACAGACUCCUCUGUAGACUUCUCUUACGAAAGCGGUGCAGAUGAUGAAUUGGAAGUUACUCCAGAAGUCUCCAUGAUUAAAUUUCAGUCAGAACAAGAACAUGGGGGAGUGGAAAAUGUAGGUGUAUUCUCAGAAGAGUCAAAUAGACUUCAUUUGAGCACAGAUUUACCAGAAGACAGUUUACAGCUUCAGGCAGAAGAGGCACUGGACGAGCGAAAAGACUCCAUCAAAGAUGCAAGACCAGUGUUGAGUGUGUCGACAGAUGAUACAGCUCCAGACUGGUUUGAAGUUACACCAGAAGAACGGACUAAAACCGAAACCAACGUUAUUGAUUCUGGGAUAGAUGUAUUGGUGUCCCAACAGCAAACUUGGAAAGAAAAGCCAAAAAACCAGGCGAGUAAACAGAAACAGGAAACUCAAGAAGUGGUAGAUGAGCCAGAGGAGGAUACUGCACCACAAAUGUUUGAUGUAGAGUCUGAGAGAGCGAGUAGUCUAGAAAGAGAUUCAAUGUCUCAAGUCGAUAUGGAAAUAACUGAAGCUAGUUUGAACUCGAUACAAAAUGCAGUGGCAAACCAAGGACUAAACAAGGGCACAAAUUUCCAAUCCGAACAAAACCUUGGAAAUGAAAUAUGUGCUGAAAAAUCAUUGAGCCAAGGAAUACAAAAAACUCUACACACAAACCAGGAUGUUUUAAUCUGUGAAGAACAUGAGCCUAAUGCAAAGGCUGGAAUUGGAUUAGAGAUAAUUGAAGACACAAGACAUGAAGCUGCAGAGACGCCAGAGCCGGCAUAUUCAAGUGAAACUGAUGACGGUUUCGUUCACAUGCCUCCAGAGAGUCCUCAGCAGUUUGCUUCUGAAUUGAGAAGUGUGACGAGAACUGUCAGUAAUUCUCCUCUAGACUCAUCCACUGCAGAUUUAAGCUAUGGAUACAUCUUUGGUGAUAUGAGUGGAGUUUUAUCAUCUCAGACCACUGAAUGUGUAGAUGAGGACAUGUCAACACCUCAUAUUUCCACACCUAUCAAGGCUGGAGACUUGGAUGCUACAUUUGGGUCAUCAGAGUAUGAAAGGAUUUCUGUUUCUCAGGAUAUGACAGUCAGCAUGGAAGGUAUCACAGAAACUGUUGAAGGCCUGAGUACUGAAUUGAAACACCAAAUCUCCAAAGAUUUUGAAAAACCAGAAGAACUAAAGAUAGUUUCUGAAGCCAUUAACGAAGCUGACAAAAAACCUGAACUGUACUCAAGAACUCUGGCUGCCCCACUUCCUGGCAUUGAUGAAGCCGUGGUGGAAUCCACACCUGUAAGAAAGCUAGCUAAUGAAAAAAGAGAAAAUUCCGAAGAUGUUCAGGAACAGUUCCAUUAUGAAUAUGAGUAUACAGGGGUUGAACAGACAGAUCUCUCAAUCCAAGAAGGAAAUGAAGAUACACAGCGAGUGCCAGGAGUUUACACAACGACACAGUCAGCUACAUUGUCUGGCAUACAAGACACAGCUGUGCCACCUAUUUCAGUUAGAAAUCUUGCAGACAGCUUUGAAAUUUUGAAAGAGGAGUCGUUUUCUGUGACAUCUGAAACAGAAUGGAGCGAAAAGGAGAAAAAUCGUGUUUCAAGUAUUCCUGGAGUUUACACAAGGUCACUAUCAGCCGCCUUGUCAAGCUCCACAGAAUGUGUUGAACCUUCAACUCCUGUGCGAAAGUUAGCUGCAAGCCCCGAUACGAUGGAAUGGGAGAGACCAACUGGAGAAAUAACCGACACAAAAAGUGAUGAACUUCAAGCACGUCGUUCUGUUCUGUAUACAGAGGUUGGUGAAUCUUCAACCACAGUGUGUAAGUUGGCAGACAGCUCUGAAAAUAGCCAAAACUCAGGUGCCUCAAAGGAAGUUUCUACGAAGGAACAAGAAGCACAUGUUCCUCAUAUUCCAGAACUGUAUACAAGAUCACUAUCGGCUGCACUGUCCAGCUCAAGUGAAGUUGUGGAACCAUCAACACCUGUGAGAAAGUUGGCUGAAAGUUCUGACCCCACACUUGAUGCUGCAGAAAUGGAGACGAGUGAGUUAAGAUCUGGUCAAGAUGCGACAACAAAGGGAACAUUUAUCCCUGAGCUCUACACAAGAUCUUUAUCAGCUGCUCUGUCAAGUUCUACUGAAGUUGUUGAGCCUUCAACACCAGUACGGCAACUGGCGGCUGAUACAUCUAUGGCAUGGGGAGGAGAGACUUUUGCAGAGAUUAUGGGUGACUCUGCUGCCAUUGAAGAGAGAGAGACACAUGCCACAUUACCAGACCACGAUUCCAUGUUGCCAUCUCCCCUGUCCGUUGCAGACGGUGUUUACCUCUCAUCUUCAAUGGAAGAACGGAAAUCAAAUGAUACAGAGACUGAAUUUACUUCUGAUGGUCAAGAAGUGGAAGUAACUGAUGUCUCAGGUGGACCAGAAGUUGAAGUCAAACCAAUACCAGAUGACCAGUCUAAUUUAACACCAUCAGGAGUAUCAGAAGUACGCCAGGGGAUAUUAUCGCCUGCGCUGUCUGACACUCAGGAAAUCCUGCAACAGACGACAUCCGUUAAAGAAGUUGCUGUCGAAAGUGGUCUACAUGAUCAGUGGACUCUACUGGAUGUUGAAAGAUCACCAGAGAGACCAACUGGAGAAAUAACCGACACAAAAAGUGAUGAACUUCAAGCACGUCGUUCUGUUCUGUAUACAGAGGUUGGUGAAUCUUCAACCACAGUGUGUAAGUUGGCAGACAGCUCUGAAAAUAGCCAAAACUCAGGUGCCUCAAAGGAAGUUUCUACGAAGGAACAAGAAGCACAUGUUCCUCAUAUUCCAGAACUGUAUACAAGAUCACUAUCGGCUGCACUGUCCAGCUCAAGUGAAGUUGUGGAACCAUCAACACCUGUGAGAAAGUUGGCUGAAAGUUCUGACCCCACACUUGAUGCUGCAGAAAUGGAGACGAGUGAGUUAAGAUCUGGUCAAGAUGCGACAACAAAGGGAACAUUUAUCCCUGAGCUCUACACAAGAUCUUUAUCAGCUGCUCUGUCAAGUUCUACUGAAGUUGUUGAGCCUUCAACACCAGUACGGCAACUGGCGGCUGAUACAUCUAUGGCAUGGGGAGGAGAGACUUUUGCAGAGAUUAUGGGUGACUCUGCUGCCAUUGAAGAGAGAGAGACACAUGCCACAUUACCAGACCACGAUUCCAUGUUGCCAUCUCCCCUGUCCGUUGCAGACGGUGUUUACCUCUCAUCUUCAAUGGAAGAACGGAAAUCAAAUGAUACAGAGACUGAAUUUACUUCUGAUGGUCAAGAAGUGGAAGUAACUGAUGUCUCAGGUGGACCAGAAGUUGAAGUCAAACCAAUACCAGAUGACCAGUCUAAUUUAACACCAUCAGGAGUAUCAGAAGUACGCCAGGGGAUAUUAUCGCCUGCGCUGUCUGACACUCAGGAAAUCCUGCAACAGACGACAUCCGUUAAAGAAGUUGCUGUCGAAAGUGGUCUACAUGAUCAGUGGACUCUACUGGAUGUUGAAAGAUCACCAGAGAGAGGCAUGCAGAACUCUUUAAAAACACACGAAGCUACAUCAGACGAUUUGGCGUCUUCUGAUGCUAACGCCAGCCUUAGAGAAUGGACCGUAAUUGAAAAAGAAGACACUGUAGAGCACCAUAUAAUCACAAGUGCUAGGGCAGGAGCAAGAAAACCUGACUCUUUUAAUGUUUCAUCUGAAGCAGUCCAGCGGCCCAAUCUUGAUCAUAGGAAUAUUCAAGCUGAGGGAAUAUGUGCUCACAAAUCAGAAGUUUCUUAUAAGAAGAGUUCUCAGACUGAACCAGUUUUGUCUGAGAAAGCAUCACAUUUGUCAUGUGAGAUGAAAGACACCUCGUCUUUCAAGGUAUCUCAAGCAGAAAACGUCGAAAGAUCUUUCAAGCGGAAGGCCAAGGUGAGAACAAAAGUAAAGACUUUUCAAACAGCUUCUAGUGAUGUGACCUUUGAACCGUUUAAAAAUGACAUUCCAUUCCCACAAGGUGAUGAUAGUGGUGAUGAGUUUAGUUUAUUCAAGCUUGUUGGAACCGGUGAUUCUGUUGUGAACAAACCUGUUCCACGAGAGGAAACUGGGUCAACACAGAAACGAAAGAAAAAGACAAAGAAGAAGAAAAAGCCCGAUGAAGACGAUGCCAGGGAGCCACAACUGCCCGUCGUGGGGGUGGAAGUAUGUUCAGAGCGAUCGGCCCCGACAUCAGCGUCUGACAGCAGCCCUGGUGAAGUUGAACCAACGUUUGGGAGGUUUUCACCACUGAUUGACAAUGAAGACACAAUGCAAACUCCAAAAGAUUCAGAUGUUGAAAGUGUUACACGUACCAAAGGUAGCAUUGUCAGUGAAAGUCAGAGUGAAGCAGAAUCAACAUAUAUUGAUACUAGCUACACCAAGGUUAUCAGCUUUCCGAAAAAGAAGAAACACAAGGACGUGCCCGGUACACCGCCUGUAAUUGUUCAAACCCCAGUUGGUCUAGAACCCUCAACCUCACCUGCCUACUUUGAUUUGCCAGCUUUUGGAUCAGCUGGGUUGGAAUGGGGAUAUGCAGACAUCAUGGAGACGUCACCAGGAGCCAUUGCAGAUCUGUCGUCUGAAAAGCCUUCAGAGUUGGAAAAGAAAGAACGCAAGUCACGCUUGACUGAGCUUAGCACCAAAAAGAAAGAAAAGUCAAAGUCUAGUGAGUCGACAAGCAAAUCGUCAACUGAUUUUCUUACUCUUCCUGGUGAAGAGCAUCUUGUCCCUGGUCAGUCUAGGUCCCGUAGUUCAGACUCAUCCCGCACAGAACGCAGACGAGUUCAAGACUCUGUCUCGCCCUCCAGGCUUAGAACGGCUGAGAUUCCCGAGAGAAUUCUACAGGAAAUUGAAAAUGAACAAAGAGAACGAGAAGAGCGCCUGAGCCAAACGAGAGAAAUUUACAGAUCGUCAAGUUUUGAUCCAACACCGGGAUCAAGAAAACAAGUCUCGCCUGGUCCAGAAGGAGAAGUUUGGACAAGCGGGCAAAGUUCAAAGAAGAGGCGCCAAAGAAAGAGUCGAAGUUCUUCUGUUCCUUCUGCUGCCAGGAAGCGCAAGCCAAGGAACAAGAACAAGAAGUAA